UCCCGGAAGUUAACGGCGUCUGUAGAUAUGGGGCCCACGAGUUGUGGUGUAGAUCCCUGGUGCAUGGCUCGCACGAAGCGUAGCGGCAGCGUCCGUCGCGGUCAGGGCGGCAAGGAGGGACCCCUGAAACGGCUGCGGCUGGCCGUGGAAGACUUCGUGCGGACUACCUCCAAGAGCGAAGCCUGCGAGAGCCGCAGCGCCAUCGCGCGCUCCCGGCCCGGCUGCCGAAAGAGCCGCAAGGAGCUUCGUAAGGAGAAGCGACACCUAAGGAAAGCGCGGCGCCUGCAGAGGACGCUAGGCUCCGGCUCAGGGGACAGAGAGGGGAGUAUCGGCCUUAACGGUGGCCCGGAGACUCGACCGCCCACUGCGAUGAGACUGACUCCCGCCAAGGCCAGCGCUCCCUCAGCUGACACCAAGGCCUCGGCAGCCCAGCCUAAGGCCAAGAGUUCCUGUUCCAAGUCUACGGCGACUUCAACUCAGACCAAGGCUAAAAGUGCUCCUGGAAAACAGGGGCCCGCCACUGGCCGGAAGCGGGCACUUCUAGCGGCCAACGAGGAGGAGGACCGAGAGAUCCGAAAGCUGGAACGGUGCCUCGGCCUCCACAAGCGUAAGAAGAAGGGCAAUGGUAGCUCGGUGCCGCUCAGCUUCGCGCGCGACGGUCUGGACUACAUCCUGGGGGCUCUGGAAUGUGGAAAAAGCGGCGGCCUGUACGAAAGCAGCGAGGAAGAGGAGGAAGAAAAGGUGGAGACUGGACAAACAGUCUUGGAGAGUGACCUAGAGAGCAAUUCUGAAGAAAGUGAGGAAGACCCAGACUGGAAAGUGCAGCAGGAGGAACAGGAAGAUGUAAACCCGAAAAGGGAAGGAGAAGCAGAAAGUGGGACUCGAGGAAAUAAAGGAGAUAAGAAAGUGCGUUUUUCAGAAGUUGUAGAAAAGAGCGGAAGUUCUUCGGAAGAUGACAUAGAACAUCAGGAGAGUCACUAUGUUGAAAGUGGUGAAAAGUACAUCCCACCUGGCUUGAGGAGUGAGGAGACAGUAGAUGUCCACAAAAAAGAAGAGCUAGACAGGCUCAAGAAACAUGUUAAAGGCCUAAUUAACAGGUUGAGUGAGCCAAACAUGGCUUCUAUAAGUGGGCAGCUAGAAGAGCUGUACAUGGCCCACAGCAGGAAGCUCAUGAACGAUACCCUGACCACUGCUCUAAUAGAUGCCUGUGUCACUGCCUCAGCCAUGCCCAGCAGACUGAUGAUGGAGCAUGUCUUCUUAGUCAGCAUCCUUCACCACACAGUCGGAAUAGAGGUUGGUGCUUGCUUCCUUGAAGCUGUGGUGAAGAAGUUUGAUGAUGUCUAUGGAGAUGGAGGUGAGGGGAAAGAACUGGACAACCUCUUUACCAUGAUUGCCCAUUUGUACAACUUCCACGUGGUACAUUCUGUCCUCAUCUUUGACAUUUUAAAGAAGCUUAUUGGAACUUUUACGGAAAAAGACAUUGAGCUGAUCCUGUUGAUGCUGAAAACUGUGGGCUUUGCAUUGAGAAAAGAUGACGCCUUGUCACUUAAGGAACUGAUCACAGAAGCCCAGGCCCAGGCCAGUGGUGCAGGCAGCAAAUUUCAGGACCAGAACAGGGUACGGUUUAUGUUGGAAACAAUGCUGGCUCUGAAGAACAAUGACAUGCGUAAAAUCCCUGGCUAUAAUCCUGAGCCUGUGGAGAAACUGAAGAAGUUACAAAGAGCUCUGGUUCGAAAUGCUGGCUCAGGUUCUGAGACUCAGCUUCGCAUCUCCUGGGAUGGCAUCUUGAAUGCAGAACAGACUGGUCGCUGGUGGAUUGUGGGGUCUGCAUGGAGUGGGACCCCAAUGAUUGACAACAGUCAUUACACACACCAUCAGAAGCCACUUGCAGGAACGGUUAGCUCUAAGAUGCUGGAGCUUUCGAAGAAGCAGAGAAUGAACACUGAUGUCAGAAGGAACAUAUUCUGCACUAUAAUGACAAGUGAGGACUUCUUGGAUGCCUUUGAAAAGCUGCUGAAGCUUGGGUUGAAGGACCAGCAGGAGAGAGAGAUAGUUCAUAUCCUCAUGGAUUGCUGCCUGCAAGAGAAAACCUACAACCCUUUCUAUGCUUUCCUGGCUAGCAAGUUCUGUGACUACGAAAGGAGAUUCCAGAUGACUUUCCAGUUCAGCAUAUGGGACAAAUAUCGGGACUUAGAAAAUUUACCGGGCACUAAGUUCUCAAAUCUGGUUCAUCUGCUAGCGCACUUGUUAAAGACAAAAUCACUUCCACUUUCUGUUCUAAAGGUAGUUGAAUUCAGUGAACUGGAUAAACCCAGAGUUCACUUCCUACGGAGAGUGCUGACUGCGCUGUUGAUGAAAACAGAAGAAGAUGACCUGGCUGUAAUUUUUUCAAGAGUGUCUGACAACCCAAAGCUGGGAAUGUUGCGAGAAGGCCUGAAGCUCUUCAUUGGCCACUUCUUACUGAAGCAUGCACAGGCUCACCAGAGCGCCGAAGAAGCCAGUCUGCUGAGAGAGAGGGCAAGCCUUGCAUCUAAGUCUUUACAGGGCAAAGCCAUCCUGAGAAUGUAGCCAAAGUGUAGGGAGCAUUUGACAAAGGGAUGGAAUUUGUGAAUUUAAGGCUGUCCUACCUCUGUAAGAACAGGAGGAAUUAGCCAUGCUCUGUCAUGGUUUAAAUAUUAAUUUUCAGAUUUUUAGAACCAGGGUUGUAUUGUGUACUUCAGAUGUAUAUGUAUAUAUACAGCAGGUCAGAGGAAAGGGGGAGAGAAGAUGAAGAUUAAGCCAUCAGGGAGGGU